GUUCAGUCAAUCAGCUAAUGCUGAGUACUAACUGAAUGAUAACCAGGCAUAAUGAUAACAAAUUGUUAGCUAUUGUUGCAGAGUAAAUCUUUUUCCUUAUUUGUUUUCCCAAUCAAACUGGGAAUUGCAGGCGACUGUUAAAUUAGUCAUGCAAUACUGCCUUCUUCCACAAUGCCUCAUGAAAAUCAAUAUUCAGCAUGGAUGGGCUCGGUGUAUGUGUUCAACCUCAUUGUCGGCACUGGGGCUCUGACGCUUCCUGGUGCAUUUGCUUCAGCAGGAUGGCUUCUGUCAAGUGCAGGCAUCAUCAUUUUGGCUCUUUUCAGCUACAUAACCGCAGGAUGGAUAGUAGAAGCCAUGGCGUGCGCCAAUGCCAUCAACCACUGGCGCAGGGUGAAGCAGCUUAAAAAGCGCGGACACGUACCAGACGAGCUUGUGAAUCGCACGCUCGAGAACGCCGCUGAAGGAAGCAGGAACGCAGCUUUAUUGGCUGGCACUGGCAGUGAUGAGCCUGCAAACGUCCACUCUGCCGCAGCAAAGUCCAGCAGCGCUGGCGGUGAUACUAGUGAUGCUAGUGAUGCUGCCUCUUCUCUUGCUGCUGCUGCUGCUAAUGAAACAGAUGAUUCUGAUGAUAUUAACGUUGAAACAACCGAGGCCAGUGAGAUGAUUACUACGUCAUCUGAUUCGCCGUCGUCUGAAGACCACGAGGAGGAAGAAACUCCCCUCAUCCACGGUGUUGUCAUAGAGAGAACUGUGGGCCAGUAUUAUGCCAUCCAAGAACGGGUCGAAAUGGGAGAAAUGGCAAAACUUUUCUAUUCAAAAUGGUGGGUGCAGGUUUUCUGCGUUGUUUUGUGCAUUUACUUGUAUGGAGAUCUCGCCAUCUAUGAAGCGGCCGUCGCCAAGUCCGUUCGUGAUAUGGUAUGCACCUAUGUUCCUACGAACUGCUCACAAGCGCUGCAUGACAGCGACCCUUGCUUCCCGGACUCCGACUACUCCAGAUUCAACGUUUACAGAAUAUGUGUGUGUUGUUUCGUGGGCGUCAUGGGUCCAUUCGUGUUCUUGAACUUGACCAAGACGAAGUACAUGCAAAUUGUGACCUCCAUCAUUCGCUGGAUUGCUAUGAUAGUGAUGAUCGUCUGGGCGGUGGCGGUGAUAGUAAAGGGCAACACUCACGUGAGCCCCGCGGUGGCGCGGUGGCAGAACCUGCCUGACCUGUUCGGGGUGUGCGUCUACAGCUUCAUGUGCCACCACUCGUUGCCAUCACUCGUCACGCCCAUCGCUGUCAAGACGCAUCUUUAUAAGUUGCUUGCCGCCGAUUACAUCCUGAUCUUGCUGUUCUAUCUACUCCUUGCAUUCACGGGCAUUUUUGCGUUCCCUAACAUUGAAGAUCUCUACACCAUCAACUUCCAGCCUGACCCUUGCAAGCAUGGACAACCAGUCUCCUUCGUCUACAUAGUCAGGGUAUUUUUAUUGAUGUUUCCGGUGUUUACGCUCAGCACAAACUUCCCCAUCAUCGCCAUCACUCUGCGCAAUAAUCUUAAAGGGCUGAUGCUACGAGAGACGCGGCGCUACGGCUUCUUCACAACGCGGCUAUCAUUCCCGCUACUGGCCACGAUCCCACCCACAGUCGUGGCGCUCAUCACGUGUAACGUCGAGCUUCUCGUCGGCAUUACCGGGGCCUUCGCUGGCUCCAUCAUACAGUACGUUAUACCGGCUACUAUGGUGCACAGCGCUCGGGUAGAGACGCUUCAGAAAAUAGGCUUGGGCGUCCGCAACCCAUUCGUGUCGCCCUUCCAAUCAGCGUUCUGGCGCUACCUCAUCUGUGUCUGGGCGCUGCUCUGCUGGGUAUUCGUAGCCGUCUACCUCAUACGGACUGAAAGCUGACCUCCUUGACCCUCCUUUAGCUUACGAAGGAAGAAUGUGAUCUAACUUACGCCCUUCCAUCUUGAACUGCUCGGUCAAUGGUGGAGUUGCAGUAUCUUUGUAUAUAUAUUAUCUGUGUGACAAUUAAAUUGAUAUAUAGGUCCUGCCUAUUUAAGUGCAUAAAAUAAUUUACCGAGAUGCUUCGUUGAAUUUGUCUGAUUCUCCGAGUGUUUGUUUGGCUGUGAACUCCGAUGCAGGCGCGUUGUGCUCGUCGACUUCCUCGGGUUGUCAGAGACGCUCCGAGGGAACUUGAAACGUCUGUUCUUCUGUUCCUAGAGAUUGUGAAUUUUAUUUCAUCACUUCAUCAAGCUUUGAUGUAGUAAAUUUGAUUCGUGAAUUCAACUUAUACAUUCCAGCGAGUUAUAUUUGCGUCUACAUGUCUACCACUGCCUGAAAAAUAUCUCCUACGUAGCCUGAGGUAUUCAAGCCGCAUUUACUAUUUAUCUUGAGCUGGAUUAGCGCUGGCUUUCUUCCAUUCCAUUUUAAGAGAGCUAAGUUCCUAUUUUGGUCGUAAUGUGUGUUUCGUCCUUAUCUAUAAGUUCAUUUUAAUUAUUGAUGUGUAGCCGGUUUUAAUUGCAUGAUGGGUUUAUCACGCAUUUAUCGUUUGAAUAAAUUACUUCACCGAGGUUAUACCAGCUAGUGCCAAUGCGGGGUCAGUUUUUUUUACUUUCUAACCCCAGAACUUGGAUAGUUCUUGCUGUGAUAUUGCACUAAAGAAAUUGAGGUUACGUUGUGUAAGGUGGACUGACGGCAGAAGUCGUCGUCUGAUUUGUCUCGAAUAAAAUUUUUAGAAACCUUUCAAAUUUGUUGGAGGAUAAUUUUGUUGCUCGAGGAUACGUUCAAUGAUUGACAAGAUCUUGAGACCGAAGUGAAGUACGAACGAGUUCUCAUAAAAAAAAACGCGCACAAAAAUAUUCUACCUCACGUGUUGAGUAACAUGCGGCAGUAGAAACCAGCUUGUUUGUUUUGCCAGGGUAGAUGGCGUUAUGAAGGAUAUAAUGAACGAGCUUAUAUUUAAUAGUAAUUAAAAGUACGUAAAUUCGACAAUUUAGUCCCAUUAUUCGUCAUAUUGUAUAGCGCGUUGAUUGACAGUCGCCGAUGCUCCAGAAAAGGUGGGGGCGAUUAAUACACGGGGGCGAUUAAUUGAGUCGACUACAGUUUUGCAGACUGAUAGCCUAUCCUAUACACGAGGAGAGCGAUUUCAGUACAGUGCGCUAGUGCUACGUUGGGUGUUUUCGAGUAAGGUGUUUGCGUGGUGGAGGCAAGCGAGAGCUGUGCGCGCUACAGUGGGUAAGUGAGAGCGACGCAGCUAUGCUCAGUAUGAAGGCAGUUACUGGGCACACACGACUGCUUCAAAACCACUAAAGUUCCUCUGCGUGCAAUGCACCAGCUAGUUACCUCUUGAUUAAGACGUCAAUCAUCACAAAUUUUAGUUGCGUCGACUAGUUGACGCAACUAUUCGCCUCGUGUACAAGCACCUUAAUACAUGGGAAGCAAAUCGCAGUCAUAGAAUUUCUUGUUGGAAUCAGACGCAUACCAUUAAAAUAAAAUGCAAUCGUUUAUCUAAUCGUGCGGUCUGGAGUGUUUGUCAAUAAUCUAGGUUUUACAUUUAGAACAUUACUUAUAUUUUUCUAUUCAAUACUAUCUGCAAUGUAACUCUUAAUGCUCUCAAUGAUAUUAAGAACUAGUCGCUGAAGUAGUGAAACUGCUGUGCAAAUAUAUAUUAUCAAAUUGUUGGCAACGCACAACCUCAAAUUAACCUGACACGAAUAAACAAGUAUCGCGUCAGGACGAUAUUACAAUUUACUGAGCUGUG